UCUACACAAACUUCUCCUGCAUGUCUUCUCGAGGCUGGCGACGAGAGUGUUUGUUCCAGCACACAAAAACGUGGUCGCAAGUUUUCAAAACGUCCUUCCCGAGGCUUUUCUCCCACAGCAGAUUAUAUUUUGCUGCAAAACCAAACAGAGGAAGAGUUUGAAAAGUAGCCUUGUGAGAGAAAGUGCGGAGCAGAGACCAACACAGGAUUCCUGGAAACUUUACUCAACUCUCCGAGCGUGCUGUCAGCAUGACAGAGAAACGUCCGCUGGACACCCUGGAGGACAGAGCCUGGCUAGGCGAGGGCCAAUCUGAAACUCAGCUUACAGCUGUGCCCGGUCUGGAUGAAGCUGAGACGUGCGAGGCAGACCGACCAGCCUGGGACUCUAAGGUCCAGUAUGUGUUGGCCCAGGUGGGAUUCAGUGUGGGCCUCGGGAAUGUGUGGAGGUUCCCUUACCUUUGCCACCAAAAUGGUGGAGGGGCCUUCAUGCUGCUGUAUGUUUUUCUUUUACUGAUUGUGGGAGUUCCACUCUUUUUUAUGGAGUUGGCAGCCGGCCAAAGCAUUCGCCAGGGCAGCAUCGGUGUUUGGAAGCACAUCUCCCCAAAGCUGGCCGGGAUUGGUUACUCCAGCUGCAUGGUCUGUUUUUAUGUUGCUUUAUAUUACAAUGUUAUAAUUGCGUGGAGCCUCUUCUACCUGGGUAAUUCUUUUCAAUAUCCCCUGCCCUGGGAGCAUUGUCCAAUUGAUGUAUCCACCAAUGCAACAGUGAAAGAAUGUGCCGCUUCUUCACCCACUUCAUACUUCUGGUUUCGGAAAGCCCUUAACAUCACAAACUGCAUUGAUGAAUCUGGAGAGUUUAACCCCAUCAUGACAGGCUGUUUAUUGGCCGCUUGGGCAAUCGUGUCCCUGGCUAUGAUCAAGGGUAUCAAGUCUUCUGCAAAGGUGAUGUACUUUUCCUCAGUUUUUCCCUAUGUGGUGCUUUUUAUUUUCCUCAUCAGAGGGUUGAUGUUAGACGGUGCGAUGGACGGAAUCACCUACAUGUUCUAUCCUAGAUUAGAAAUCUUGGGGAGUGUGCAGGUGUGGCGCCAGGCUGCUACACAAGUGUUUUUUGCUCUCGGACUCGGCUAUGGCUCAGUGAUCGCUUAUUCCUCCUACAAUCCAGUGAACAACAACUGCCACCGGGAUGCCAUCAUGGUCUCGGGCAUCAACUUCAUGACGUCUGUGCUGGCCUCGCUGGUGGUUUUCGUCGUGCUGGGUUUCCGUGCCAAGACCAUUGCAAUGCGCUGCGUGGCUGAAAAUCUUGGUCUCCUGAGCCACAUGGGGUCUAACCAGUACUUUGAUCCUUGGAUCAACGCGACUGACCCAAGCUCCGUGUCUUUAGUUGAAUACAGACACUGGUUCAGUCACCACAGCUCCAUGCUGGGUCCUAACAUCACCGACUGCAGCCUGGAAGAGGAGAUGAAUAAGGGUAUUGAAGGGACAGGCCUGGCAUUCAUAGCGUUCACUGAGGUGAUGGCCCUUUUCCCUGCCAGCCCCUUCUGGUCCACACUGUUUUUCCUAAUGCUGCUAAACCUGGGCCUCAGCACCAUGUUUGGGACCAUGCAGGGAAUCCUCACACCUCUCAUGGACAAUUUUACCUUCUUGGGCCGCCACCGAACCAUCCUCACUGUGUCCAGCUGUGCUUUGGGGUUUGUAAUAGGACUGUUGUUCACUCAGCGCUCAGGCAACUAUUUUGUUACUAUGUUUGACGACUACUCUGCAACACUACCUUUAGUCAUUGUAGUGAUAUUUGAAACCAUUGCUGUGUCGUGGGUUUAUGGAACAGAUCGCUUCCUGGAUGACAUUGAAGUUAUGCUCAAGUGGCGCCCUCCGGUGGUGUAUAAGUAUGUUUGGAAAUAUGUUUGUUUGCUGGCAAUGGUUGGUCUUCUUGCUGCAAGCUUUACUCGCAUGGUUUUCAAAAGGCCCACGUACACCGCCUGGAAUCAAGCCACAGGCUCUGAGAUGACUCUCGAGUACCCAGGUUGGGCUCUCGGUAUGAUCGUCAUGCUAAUAGUCUUUGCCAGCUUGCCGGUGCCAAUUGGCUACAUCCAUUCCGUGUGGAAAAACCGCACGGCCCGUAACCCUCUCUCUGAGGAGGGAGUAGGCCAAGAGUUGCACCGCGAGUUGUACACCAAGUGCAGCUCUGCCGAUCAUUUGGAGUCUCUCCCCAGAGACCCUUCUGAGGAAAACGAGGCUCCUCCCAGAACAGCCUUCCUGCCCCUGGGCAAUGAACACUACCGGCUCCUGCAGCAGCAGGAGGAGGAUGAUGAAGAAGAAGACACAGUGGUGUGAGCACGACUAUGGAGGAGGAUAUGUAUCGAUGUUGAAUCUAAAAAGAGUGUACAAACAGGAACCUGCAAGAGAAAUAGUAAAGUGUAGGCAGCAAACAGAUUUAUGUAUCAUCGGAGGAAGAGUUGUUUCAUCCCAUUUUAUCAAAUUCAGCAAGUUAUACAUUGUUGAAGAAACCAAAGUGAUUUGAACUAUUUAUGUUUUUAAAUAUACAUGACCAGUCAAAAUAAACAUUUUAGAUUCUCUAGUUAUAAAACUACAACACCUAGUACCUCACUCCAUUCAUUUUCUGAACCACUCGCACUGUUCAGAAAAUUAAAACACUCCCUGAAACAUAAAAUAAAAAUGAAGCAAGGAUUUUAUGGAAGGAUUUAGAGUAGGAAAUUGACAAGCCACCAGCAAAUCAAAUAUGGAUGGUCUAUUGUUUCUGUGAAUCUGUUUUAUCAUGUAGGGGUUAUAGUUCUAAUGAGUUUUAGCAACAUGCCAAGAAUGUAUUUGCAUGAAAAUAUUGUGUGUGUGUGUGUGUGUGUGUGUGUGUGUGUGUGUGUGUGUGUGUGUGUGUGUGUGUGUGUGUGUGUGUGUGUGUGUGUGUGUGUGUGUGUGUGUGUGUGUGUGUGUGUGUGUGUGUGUGUGUGUGUGUGUGUGUGUGUGUGUGUGUGUGUGUGUGUGUUUGUUAAUUUCUGUUGUGAAUGUUUAUAUGUACAAAGGCAACGUUGAUAUGUCAGUGAAAAACUUUAUUUGGCAUUGUAUUUGUAACAUUUUACCUCAUGAGACCUCAGUAAUGUUUUUACUCAGUGCAGCAGUGUUGAACUGUCCUAGAUGAGGUGUCUAAUAAACCUCUAGAUGGCAGCAGCCUGAUUUGAUGAUGUCUUUUUUUGAUUCACACAUCCACUCAAAACCUAGGCUGUUAACACCUUCACUUAGAUCAAACAUACCAUUGAUGAGGACAUUGAGUUUGAAUUUUAAAAAAGUGUAUGUUUA